UAAGAUGCCGGGUGCGUCCGAAAUUGCCUGCUGUAUAGUAGGCUAAAACGUAUGCGAGACGCGUAGUAUGUCCAAAUUCUUAGAAUGCAAAAAUAUAUACGCCAGUAAUACCUACGUUUUCUCCGAUCACACGUACCGUAAUUUCAUGAAAAGAUGCGCAAAGCUGAACGGCGGUUGGGUUGACGGAGUUUUUUUUUUUUUUUUGACCGCAGUACGUGAACGCAACAGAAUCAGAUGGCUAGAGUGGGUCAUCAGCUGCAGUCAGUCAGGUGUGGUUGCGAAGACAUUACUAGCAGAUCCCUCCGGGACAAAAACAAGAUUUACAGCAGAUUUGUCUAAUGACCCACCGACCAAGCAGCAAGAGCACCAAAUGACAAACAUUUUAAACCUGGGCUCAAGAACUAAGAAGUGAAUCCUCAUGUAAUGAGACAGGAAACGGUUGCCUACUUUACACAGCUACAAGAGGAACUGAAGUGACAGUAAGGGAUCAACCCAAAGGAACCUCAGCAGAUGUAACCACUACUGAACUGCAGUGAAAAGGUGGAUCAUCUUAGUUUGCUGCUUCUUUUAAAUAAGAGAUGGAGCUGAUGAGUAAGCAGUGGAGGAGUUUGGGGCAGUAAUUGGCAAUAGCUGGAUUUAUGACCACUUGUCAAAUUCACCUGUCCGUUUGAAUGUCGCAGCAGCAACCACAAAAUGCCAGAUCUCCCUGUCAGGAUGUGUGAUCUUCAAAGACGGAAGUGAAGACAUUACAUUCAAUGUGGGACUGCAUCUAAUGGAGAGAGGAGGGAGUCUCAUCACUGCACUGACAGAACUGUGAAUGUAAAUAUCCAUAAGUCAUCACUCUGAAGCUGGAAAUCCCCAACAAGACUUUGAUUGGGUGGAACUGGAACUAAGGUGGAGCUAUGCAGCCAGUUGUAGCUGUCAAGCAUGAGUCAUAGAUGCAGAGCUUUUUGGAAAUGUUCCAUGUUCUGCUGGCUGCUGUGGUUUCACUUUGAGACCAAAGAGCAUGAUGUGAACAUUUGAACUGAAACUCCAGGAUAAAUCAAACGUAAAGUGUGCAGAAACAUCAUUGGAAAUGUCCUCUUAUUGCCGUGGGAAAGCCUGUGAUUUUUGGACAAACUCUUGUGGUACUUUGAGCGUGUAGCAUUGGGAGGUGAAACAAAGAAUCACUGCGGAGAGUAGGAAUAUCACUUCCUCCUAUGAACCUAAUUUUACUUCGAAAUCCAAAUGGCAGGGAAAGACUACAAUCAUCUCUUUAAGCUGCUCAUCAUUGGAGACUCCAAUGUGGGGAAAAGCAGCCUUCUGCUCCGCUUUGCAGAUAGCUCCUUCUCUGAAAGCUACAUCACCACCAUCGGUGUCGACUUCAAAAUCCGAACAGUCGACAUUGAAGGAGAGAGGGUGAAGCUGCAGAUCUGGGACACAGCGGGGCAGGAGCGAUUCAGAACCAUCACGUCAACAUACUACAGAAACACCCACGGUGUCAUUAUUGUUUACGAUGUGACAAAUCCAGAGUCAUUUGUAAAUGUUAAGAGGUGGUUAAAUGAAAUCUCCCAGAACUGUGACAGCGUGUGCAAGAUCUUAGUGGGAAACAAGAACGACGACCCUGUCAAAAAACAGGUGGAUACCCAGGAUGCUAUGAAUUUUGGGGAGUCAGUGGGUGUUCGGGUCUUCGAGACCAGUGCCAAAGAGAACAUAAAUGUAGAUGAGAUGUUCAUGGCCUUCACGCGCAUGGUGCUCCGUGCUAAGAAGCAGAGCCAGAACAGAGCCGAGAGGGAACGAGAGCGAGAGAAGGACACCGUCAACAUCACUGCCCAGAGAGACCGAGACCGCAGGAAGAAAGGGAAGAAAUGUUGCUGAGAUACAGACACCAAAGCCACCAUUCACUCGUCGCUUUCACAGAAAGCAUUCAAACAAGAUGGGGGAAACCGUGCCUUAGGAGAUAAGUGUUGGGUGUUUUAUACUGCAGAUACAAAGAUCAGACUACAGUUUAUUGUGCCAAGUUACAACACAGCAGUCUACAGGUUAUACUGCUUAACUGCAGGUUGUUACAGUAACUGAGGCCAGGGGGCUUGCAGUGUCAGCACUGCAUGUAGCAGCCUGGAGGUUACAUGAGUUAAAGGACCAUUCUGGUGUGUUUCAGUUUCUAGCUUGUGCAUUACACAGCUUAGUGUUUGAGCUCUGCUUGUUAAGAGGACGGAAAAGUUGGUCUGCUCAACACUCCAAAAGAAGACCUCUAACGUCUUCAUUAUCCAUUAAUCUGCUAGCUAUUUACUUGAUUAAAUGUUUGUUUUAUAUAUAAAAUGUCAGAAAAUAGGACUGAUUACGAUUUGCUUAAGUCCAACCUGAUGCUAUCAAAUUGCUUGUUUGGUUCCAACCCUGAAAUAUGUUCACACAACUUUUACAUAAAGCAAAGAAGCAGAAGAUUCUCACGGCUGGGAAGCUGCAGUAGAAUCAGAAACAUGUUUGGCAUUUUUCUCAAUUACCCUGAGACCCCCCUUUUUUUUUCCUAAGAUGUGACAUCUGGCUUGAGAUCACACAAAAGUGGAAUAUCUGCACUUCCUUUCUCACAAAUAACACAACUAAAGGCAAAGGAGGCAUGAAGUGAUCUAACCACUUUUAAAGCUCGAAGUAACUGCAAGUUGAUUUUCUAUCUUAGUGAAACAUUUGAUGCCCAUAGGGCUAAUAAGACUAAUAAAAAAAAAAAAACCAUCAGUCUGAUUUGAAAUGUGGUGGUGAGAUAUAGUAUAUGAGAGAAGACAAAAACACUGGUAUGGUCCUUUAACUGUGCACUGGUGAACCACUGUCAUGCUGAUGUUGUUACUAAAUUGUAACUUUGACACACUAACAGGUGUUAUGAGUGCAGUCCAACAUCUUUUAGCCUCAUUUCUAUUUAAAUGAGGCCAGUAACCCAAGAUCUUAAUGUUGAGACAAAUUUGAGCCCAAAAUGUUUGUCAUUACUAUAUAAUUGUUUUUAAAUGUAAAUCUGUUUCCUAGCAAAUGAGUCCAAAUACAAAUAAAGCAAUACAUCCUGA